GGGUGGCGCCGCUAGAACGUGAGUGUGAUUGAGGGCAGUUGAGUAUGGCAGGGGUACCAACGACGCUGGAGGAAGUGCGAACGCUAUGGAUUGGAGACCUUCAGUACUGGGUGGACGAAUCAUACCUCACUCAGUGCUUCGCACACACCGGCGAAGUUGUUUCCAUUAAGAUCAUCCGCAACAAGCUCACCGGCCACCCCGAAGGCUACGGCUUUGUCGAGUUCCUCUCCCACGCCGCCGCCGAGCGCGUUCUCCAUUCCUACAACGGCACUCCCAUGCCCGGCACCGACCACAACUUCCGCCUCAAUUGGGCCUCCUUCGGCGUCGGCGACCGCAGGCCCGACGCCGGCCCCGACCACUCCAUCUUCGUCGGCGACCUCGCCCCUGACGUCACUGAUUACCUCCUCCAGGAGACUUUUCGCGCCAAUUACCCUUCCGUUAGAGGCGCCAAGGUCGUUACGGACCCUAACACUGGUCGAUCCAAGGGCUAUGGUUUCGUUAAAUUCGCCGAUGAGAACGAGAGGAACCGCGCCAUGUCGGAGAUGAAUGGAGUUUAUUGCUCCACCAGGCCCAUGCGUAUUAGCGCUGCUACACCCAAGAAAACCACCGCCUUUCAGCAGCAGUAUGCUCCAGCUAAAGCAAUGUAUCCAGUCCCAGCGUAUACUGCUCCAGUUCCGCCGGAAUAUGAUAUGAAUAAUACCACGGUUUAUGUUGGUAAUUUGGAUCUUAAUGUCACGGAGGAGGAGCUGAAGCAAGCCUUUAUGCAAUUUGGGGAUAUUGUGUCUAUCAAAGUUCAUGCUGGCAAAGGAUUUGGUUUUGUUCAAUUUGGGACUAGAGCUUCUGCUGAAGAAGCCAUUCAGAAGAUGCAGGGGAAGGUGGUAGGUCAACAAGUGGUUCAACUUUCUUGGGCUAGUACAACUAGACAGGAUCCUGGUAGCUGGGGGCAACAGAUGGAUCCAAAUCAAUGGAGUGCCUACUAUGGGUACGGCCAGGGUUAUGAAGCCUAUGCUUAUGGAGCUACUCAAGAUCCUUCAUUGUAUGCAUAUGGUGCAUAUGCUGGUUAUGCGCAAUACCCCCAACAGGUUGAAGGGGCUCAAGACAUGUCAGUUAUGUCUGUUCCUUCAGAGGAGUUGUAUGAUCCUCUUGCAAUGCCUGAUGUAGAUAAGUUAAAUGCUGCAUAUCUCUCAGUACAUGGAAGUGCCAUUUUAGGACGUCAUCUGUGGCAAAAAACCUCGCCAUUCGUACAACAAGCUUAGCAUGUAUUUGUGUUAUUGGACAUGUAAAUGUCAAACAAGCGGAUAAUGCGAACAUGCAUUUUACUUUCUGUUUUUGUACAAUAAGUAGUAGUUCUAGAAUUCAUUAUAGCAGUUUUAUAUUUAUCAUUAGUAGAGUGAGAAGAGCAUGAAAUAGUUAGAUUGAUGAGGUGUAGAACUUAGAAUAUUCUGUUUCAUCAUCAUGCAAAUAGUGUAAUUUUGUUCUAUAAUACAUCAUUGAAUGUGACUUCUGUUUUUUGUUUUUAUUACA